AUGGGUGGAUUUUUCUUUGUGUAUGGAUAUGGUGGAACUGGGAAGACUUUUCUUUGGAAUUCACUAUCCACUUCGAUAAGGUCGAAAGGUCAAAUUGUUCUCAACGUUGCAUCUAGCGAAAUUGCAACAUUAUUGUUACCAAAUGGCCGAACUGCUCAUUCACGAUUUAAGGUUCUGCUUAGUGUUAACCAAGAUUCCAUAUGUAAUAUAAGACAGGGCAUGCCUUUGGCACAUCUUAUUUCAUCUUUAAAAUUAAUUAUAUGGGAUGAGGCACCUAUGUUAAACAAAUUUUUCUACGAAGCACUUGACAAGUGCCCUAAAGAUGUUCUUCGUUUUAAUCAUGGAUCUAAGCCUGAUGCCCUGUUUGGUGGAAAAGUUGUUGUUCUUGGAGUCUUGCCAGGUGUUGUAAUUAACCGAAAACAUGAGGCUGUGUGGGGCCCGCAAGAUCACCGCAGUGUGGAGUUAAAGAAAUUUGCUGACUGGCUGCUUCAGUUAGGUGAUGGGUUAUUAGGAGACAGUAUAGAUGGCGAAUCAGUGAUUAGGAUACCGGACAAAUUGCUAUUGGAUAUUGAGUUACCAGCUCUUCACGAUCUGGUGUUGUUCGUUUAUCCUGAUGUGUUACUGCAUAUUUCUAGCGUGGACUAUUUUAAGGACAGAAGUAUAUUGGCACCGACACUUGAUGUUGUCAUGAAAGUUAACAAUCAUGUCAUGUCUUUACUCCCUGGCAAUGAAAAGGUUUAUCUGAGUUCUGACACACUAUUGAACGAAGAUGGUCACUUAGAAUCUGAAUUAUACACGAUGAGCACAGAGUCGUUGAAUGCAUUGAAUUGUUCUGGUAUUCUGGUAUUCCACAACACAGGACAGGAGUACCUCACCACCGGAGACUUGCCCGAAGACCCGAAAGAGGCAAAAUAUUUGAAGCGGGAUGCCACAAAGUACACCACAAUAGUAGGACAGUUAUAUAAGAGAGGACUGUCCCAACCCCUCCUCAAGUGCAUAAAGCUCGGUCAAACGGACUACAUACUUCGUGAAAUUCACGAAGGAUGUUGCGGCCACCAUGUUAGAGGCAAGACUCUAGCCUAG